UCAGGAAAUGUCCGAGCAGCAGCAGAGACAAGCACAAGAGUUCGUCACAGAGGUUGAGGACCAAGUUCGAAACCAGUUAGAACCAGGAGCAAAACUGUGCAGACUCGUCGUCCACCACCACUCUUCAUCACAGUGGCUAAAAGGCCCUACGUUGUGAGGGUGGAAGAGCGGCCAGGUUGGGGAUGGAGACAUACAUAGACACUUGUAUCUCCAAGAUAUCUUAACAAAUGUUACCGAAGUGACCGAAAGAUCCAAGGUGUCAGAAUUCUGUUGUCAUAUUGUUGGGUGCUGCCAGGUCUUUGAUACCUUGGAGGGUUAUGAACAUCACUACAACACACUGCACAGGAACAUGUGCUCUUUCUGCAAACGCUCUUUCCCCUCUGGGCAUCUGUUGGAUACUCACAUCCUAGAGUGGCAUGACUCUCUCUUCCAGAUAAUGGCAGAGAAGCAAAAUAUGUACCAGUGUUUGGUAGAAGGCUGUGCAGAGAAGUUCAAGAGCAGCAAAGACAGAAAAGAUCACUUAGUCAAAGUUCAUCUUUAUCCUUCUGAUUUUCGAUUUGAUAAACCAAAAAAAGCUAAAAGCAGCACCAAGCACAGUAAGCCUCCCUCUAAGCUGGAUGUGAGCAUGCCAAUGGAUGUGAAUGUGGAGACUUAUGAGCAGUUGCAAGUGGAUUCCAUGGAAAUCUGUCCCAGUGAGAGUGUGGAGAAUCCUACCCAGCCUGUGAGUGGCCCAAUUUCAUCACUGCAGGAGAAAAAGCUCUAUAAAUCCAGGAUCGGUCGGGGCUUGCAGGCACCGGCAGCAGGCAGAGAGCCCUCCGCCCCCCAACCCAACCCUAGGAGCCAGAGGGACCUGCUGGAUGCUUCCCGGAAGCCAUCCCAGGUAAGUACCGCUGGGACUCCCCACCUUGCCCCCCAGCAGGUCCCUCUGGCUUUUAGGGUCGGGGGGGAAGGGCUCUCUGCGCGCUGCUGGCGCCUGCAAGCCUCGCUCCACGGCUCUGGCAGCUCCCAUCUAGGGUUACCAUACAUCCCUAUUUUCCCGGACGUUUUUAGAUAUUUAAAAAUUCCUCCCGGAUGGCAAUUUAAGAACUAAAAAGCCGGACAUGUCCGGGAAAAUACGGACAUAUGGUAACCCUAUACUUAGGAUCCAGUUAAAGCAAGUGGAUUUGAUUGUGUGCUGCACCUCCAGCAGGUGAGAUGAGGUUGUGCAAAUGUGGCUCCAAGUUCUGGGCUGCUCUGUGGAUUGAAACUGCCAUCAGUAUAGUUAGAGCAGCCUCUGGUGUAACUGGGACUUGCAAGGGGCAGUGUAGAGCCAAUUGUGGUUCCUGUACAGCCCUUGUAUGCUACUGCAGCAAUGCGCAGGAGCCAGGAUGGGGGUCAAAACCUAUAGCUAUAUAUGUAUUCUUUUCUUUUAAAUCUGAAGUUCAUUAUGUGUACCAAUCUAAAUUUAUUAUAAGUAUUUUCUACAUUUUCAAAUAUAUUUCAAUUACAAUGCCGAAUACAAUGCUCACUUUAUA